GGCAGUAGCAAACGCAUGCGCAUAUGCAGUUAUAUUUAGAAAGAUAGGGCUUCUGCCCCUGUUCCAUUCAUAUGAACGAAACAGCACCCAUAUGCAGUUAUCCCGCCUGAACCAGCAAACCUUCCUCUCCCUCCUCAAAUCCGCCGCCUCCGCCUCCCCCUCCGCCUACUCUCACCACCUCCCCAGCCUCCACGCCGUCUGCACCAAGCUCGGGUUCCUCCUCUGCACGCGCACCAACAAUGCCUUCAUCCAGGGGUACUGCUCCGCGGGCCGUGUCACCGACGCGCGCAGGGUGUUCGACGGGAUGCCGCGCCGGGACACGGUCUCGUUCAACUCCAUGAUCCACGGCUACGCUGUGUCCGGCGAUGUCGGCUCGGCGCAGAGGCUCUUUGAGCGGGUACUGGCGCCGACACCCGUCACGUGGACGUCGAUGGUCGCUGGGUUCUGCCGCGCUGGGGACGUCGAGUCGGCUCGCCGCGUCUUCGAGGAGAUGCCGGAGAGGGACCUGGUCUCUUGGAACGCCAUGAUAUCUGGGUGCGUGGGGAACAGGCUGCCUGUCGAGGCCUUAUGUCUGUUCCGGUGGAUGAUGGAGGAAGGGUUCGUGCCGAACCGUGGGACGGUUGUCAGCGUGCUGUCGGCCUGCACGGGCGCUGGGGCAUUGGAGACAGGGAAAUGGGUCCAUGUGUUUGUUGAAAAGAAGAGGCUCCGGUGGGAUGAGUUUUUGGGCACGGCGCUUGUUGACAUGUAUGCCAAGUGCGGCGCUGUGGAGCUUGCACUGGAAGUGUUCACUGGCUUGAGAGCGAGGAACACAUGUACCUGGAAUGCUAUGAUCAAUGGCUUGGCCAUGAAUGGCUACUCAGCGAAGGCAUUGGACAUGUUUCGCCAAAUGGAACUCAAUGGAACGGUGGCACCGGAUGAAGUGACCUUUGUGGGAGUUCUGUUGGCUUGUAGCCAUGCUGGAUUUGUGGAUGCAGGAAAGGAGCAUUUCUACACUAUUCCCCAAAAGUAUGGCGUAGAGUUAAUCCUUGAGCAUUAUGCGUGCAUGGUAGAUCUCCUUGCCCGGUCUGGUCAUCUACAAGAAGCACACAAGCUCAUUACAGAAAUGCCAAUGAAGCCUGAUGUUGUUGUCUGGAGAGCUUUGCUUGGUGGAUGCCGGCUCCACAAGAACGUCAAGAUGGCCGAAAAUGUCAUAAGUGAAAUGGAAGCAACCUGUAGUGGUGACCAUGUCCUCCUGUCCAAUCUCUAUGCUGCAGUCGGAAGAUGGAACGGUGUUGAAGACGUUCGGAGGACCAUGCGAAGCAAGGGGAUCGAGAAGAUUCCUGGCUGCAGCUCGGUUGAGAUGGAUGGUUCCAUCCAUGAAUUCAUUUCAGGUGACAAGUCACAUCCAUCAUAUGAUGACAUUCAUGCAAAGCUGAUCGAGAUUGGCGGAAGGAUGCAACAGCACGGUUAUGUCACAGAGACUGCAGAGGUGUUCUACGACAUUGAAGAUGAAGAGAAAGAGCAGGCACUCGGUUAUCACAGUGAGAAACUUGCUAUAGCAUUUGGGCUCAUUGGAGGACCUCCGGAGGCUACAAUCAGAAUCGUCAAAAAUCUUCGCUUUUGUACGGACUGCCACAGCUUUGCCAAGUUGGUGUCCAAGAUCUACCAUCGAGAGAUUGUGGUUCGUGAUAGAGCAAGGUUCCAUCAUUUUAGAGGGGGAGCCUGUUCUUGCAAUGAUUUUUGGUAGAAGAGGGUCAGGUAAACUCUGGUACGGAGGCAAUGAAACAUCCAACUCGGGUGCGAAACGGCACCACUACACUUAGAAGCUGGCGUGGACACUCGCAACUUGGUGAAAAACAUCUUGUGCGCCCUUUGCAAUCUGAGAAACGGAGGAGCGGGUGCGGAACGUGACAAAAUGGCUCGUGUCCCAAGUUGGCGCUGUUGGAGUAUGGCCACCCGGGACCCAACACAGGGCCUAAUCAUAUGGUCCUGAGGGGUCCAUACCCAAGAAAGAUGGCCGCACAACCGAAAACGUGGGCAGCGUAUGUUUUUUUCUCAUCAUAAGCUUCUUUUGCCUCCUGGGUUUCGCUUCUUUAGUAUGGUAUCUAAGUUGAUGUAUGUAGUUUGCUGGGUCAGCAGAGAUAAGUUCAGGAACAUCAUGAGCUGCAAAUUGAACUAAUGGAUUUGUUCUUCUAUUGGUUUCCUCAGAUGUAAACAGAAUAUUCAUGAGGUCUAGGAAAUAUUGUCGACACUAGUUAUCUAGCAUUGA